CUUUUUUAUCGAAAACUAAAAGUAAAGAAAACCCUGUUUUAAAAUUCGAAAACAUUUUUAUUUUGCUGUGCGGCGUAUGCGUCAGAGUGUAAAACAAUGGUUGAUGUUGUGACAAACCUGUUGCUGCCGCUUAACAAUCUGGAAAAGCUCCCGGAAUCGCGACGUAGCUGCUGGACAACAUCCGCUAGCCAACUUUCGUACAUCAGUAAUUAACACACGUUCAGCGACAUAACAACCACCGUAGAUGACAGCUCCAUUAUUAUUUUCUGCCAGCUUUUUCGAAAGUCAAAUCGAUUGAUUUGAUAAAAGGAGAUGCAGCCGACACCUCUCUUCACCAUCGCCUCAAUCGGCAUUUGUUUUUUUAUAUUAUGGAAUGAAAAUAACAGCGUUGAAAGCAGAGUAUCCAAGGUGGAAUUUGGUAGAAAGAAUGUUGUUAUAAAGUUGUCCAAAGGAUCCAACAAAAACUCACAACACGCAAAAAGAGCCAUGAUUGUCAAGUGCUGCGGUCGUAAAAAGUGUUCAAAAAGCCAGUCGAAGACUAGAAAAAACGGAACUGCAUCCCUGCGAGUUGCGAAAAUUGUGAGAAACGAGCUGAACGGUCCAUCGCACCGAAUCGUCGCGAUUGGAAAAAAGAAAUAUAUGUUUCCACCAGAAAAGGCCACAUUUGAGGAGGCGAAGAAGAUAUGUGAGGACCAAGGCCUGGAAAUCGCUUCAGUGACUAGUGGGAAGGAGUCUAAGUCGAUCGACGAGUACCUUAACUAUAUAGGUCUGGGCUCGGAACCACUGUUUUCCUUGCUGCCCGACGCGGGCGCUGACCUGAACUGGGGGGCAGGAAAGCCCCCUGGCGGCCCUGGCGAAUGUCUGACCCAAUUUAAAGGCGCCUUUUACAACGCGUCCUGCAACCAGCCCUCGCAAUUCUCCUGCGAAAAGAAACCAGGAGAGACUACAGAAGGAUAUAACUUGCUUUCGUCCAUUGCAGACUCCGUUUUGAAUUUUGUCGGUGGGAAAAAUAUCAUCGCUCCGUCAGAGAGGGCGAGUGUGCCCGAGGCGUCGAGCAUGUGUAAGGAUCAGGGCAUGGAUCUGAUGAACCUCGAGUCACUGACGCAGCUCGACUCUGUGCAGUCCUUCCUCGGAGAUAUUGGUUUGUCUUCGGGCACCCUGCUGACCUCAUUGAAGAAGACGACGAGCGACUCGAGCUCCAACUGGCUGGGUGACCUGGCGUCGGCACUGCUGCCGCCGCCAGCGAAUCCUGCCGACGCUGGCGACUGCAUGGGCAUUAGUUCUCUCGGACUGCUCGGCGUCAGUUGCGACAUGGUGUCCAACUUUGUGUGCGAGGCGCCGAAACCAAAGCUAAUCAGCGACACCGGGGACGAACUGCCUUUCAGCAUGGAUCUACUCAGCAUGGCCUCUUCGCUCGGCAUUGGAACGUCUUUUGAACCGGCCGUCCCAGUGAAAAUAGAUUUGACGCAGAAACCACCAACAACCCUGCGCAAACCUGCAGGCACCGUUGCUAGGGCACCGACAAAGAAACCAAACGUCAAAAUAACGACCAAAGAAGUAAUAACGGAUGCUUACGUGGAUGUUUAUGUCCCAGAGCCGGCAACUAUUAUAAAUGACUUGAUCACCGACGUCGUAACUGCUCUGACAAACGUUUUGACGGCUGCUCCUCUGACUGCUCCAGCCGUGCAGGCUACAUUGCCGGCCGCAUCUUCAGUUGCAUUGUCAUCAACCACCACAACUGGUAGCACAACCACAACCACCACCACUCCACCGCCUUUAUCUUUCAAUGUGUCAGGAUUCGGACGAUACUUCUUCAGUCCAAAUAUCUCGCUCCCUGGUGAUAAUGCGACUGCUUAUUGCAAAAACAUUUCUAUGCAUAUUGUUAUUUUCGAGUCUUUCGAGAAGUUCCAGUUAAUAUACAACAUCACCGGCGCAAAUUCAGGCCGUGAGAAUCAGACUUUUUACACUGGAUUCACUGGAAAUACAAAAAAAUUCUUUGGAGACAAAUACUCCAGCGAUGCCGUGAACGCGAUAGGCGCCGGCUCGUGUCUUGUAUUGUCCAACAACACAUACCAAGUAACGACCUGCAACGAGAGCCGGGCCUUCAUCUGUGAAUCAAACAAGCCGAAUAUGAGUCUUAUGGAAGUUCUCAACUUGACCGUGUUCAAAAAUUAUGGAUUUCACUUAUUUAACCAAUACACGUUCUACGAGGCACAAAGGUACUGCUACAGUCGAUCGCUCAACCUGACUGUGAUUGACCAACGCUUUGAGUUGAUCGGUGAACUCAAGAAUUUCAUAUACACUUCUGGCAUGGCAAGCGUUCCCUUCCAUGUCUCCAUUGGCAAGGUCAAUGGUUCGUACCCCAAAGACCUGCUUGUAUACUGGGCGCCUGGUAGCCCUGAUGACUCCAAGGACUGUGUUGCCUAUCUCAACUACUCCUUGGUUUCCAUCGAGUGCAACACCGUCACAUUCUCCAUAUGCGAAAACAAAACUACCAGCAUCUACAAAGAUCCUCUGACAUUGGCAAUAAAUAGCAAGAACUACUCAAUAAGCAUUUCGCGCAUUUUGCCUGUUGACGGGAGCAUUUACUGCCAGUCCUUUGGUCAAGAGAUGGUGUCUGUGGAAAUAAACAUUGAAUUCAAAGCUAUUAUCAAUGUUCUGACAAACACCGUUUUUAAAAAUGACACGAUAGCAAUCGGCCUCAAAAAACUGUCCGAUGGGACCUUCAAAUGGGGAAGUGGUGCCGAUGUUGACUUCACGGCAAUUGGCUUGAAUGUUAACGGCAGCGAAAUGAAAGGCAACGGCGACUGUGGAGCGAUAUCCCAAUUGAAAUUUACUCUGGUUGAUUGUUUCUAUCCAACAUUAAUCAUCUGCGAAGAACCAGAGAAAAUUGGAGAGGCCAUCACGUUGACCGACCCAAAGAAUCCUAGCCACACAUACAAAUUCUUCAAACUGACCAAAACGCAUGACGAAGCAAAAGCUUACUGUCAACGCAACGGUUCGAAGUUGAUCGUACUUGACUCUGAAAAGGAACUGGAAACUAUUGUGGAGCCUCUCUUGAAAAAAAACAUGUUCGCAAACAUGGAAUUUUACGUGUCCGCCGAGCUGAUUGGUAGCAACGCGGCUUCUUGGGUCAAUUCAGCCAACUUAGGCUGGUUGACUUACGACGCCUACAACGUCCAGUUUUACCCACCGGGCACAUGUCUAAUUUCGAGCAAAAGCGGCACUGCCUUUUACGCCUCUGAUUGUACCACGCCGCGCUACUUCCUCUGCGAAGACAAUUUUACCCCGGAGGUCACCACCGUGGCCGCGAGACCGACCAAUCAAUCAGAUAAUAAUGACGGAGAAACCACAUUCAAAGAUUCAACGUACUUUUUGAACGACAGGAAGGAUACGACAUAUCAAGAAGCGAGAGCUACGUGCCAGAAGUAUUCAUCGGACUUGGUCUCAAUCGAGUCUAAAGAAGAAAGUGAUUUCCUUAACCCUUGGAUUAGUAAAUUGGGCUUUGACGGCAAAAAAAUCUUCAUCGGGCUGAAUAAAAUUGACAGGCCAACAAUCAGUCACUGGAUAAACAACGUCAGUCUAUCUUUCCACGCCUUCGCCAGUGGUGAUAAGAGAGACAAGAGUUGUGUCAUUUUGAGCUCCUCUAAAUGGUCAACCACCGACUGCGACGACUCUGGAGCAAUAUUCUUGUGCGAAACCAAUAGCACCACAGUCCCGACAACUACUAAUCAGCAAUCAAGUGGGGCGGAUUCAGCUACAAUUUGAAAAUAAAAAUUAUAAAAGACGCGUGUUAAUGAAAUUCGAAAGAAAAUUUUGUAAUUUAGUGCAAAAAAAUAAUUCUGCACAAUUUUUCUGUUUCUGUUUAGCACACUACUUCUAUUUUGAAAAUUACUGCAUGUCUGCACUUUAUGAAUUUUUGAAAUGUUGAGUUCUGUUUGAAUAUUUAAUAAAAAAAACACCUAUACAGCCCCAACAACUACUGCAUCUCGUGCUGCUGUUAAAAGCAACGAGAUUGUCAGCUCUGUGAUGUUCCGUGUUACAUCAGUAAUGUAUCACAGAAAUGACGUUUAUCGGUCAAAGUGAAAUAUUAUAAAACAAUAAUUAACCAUUUUAUCAGAAGAUGAAAUAUUGUAAUCAAUUUAUCUUUUCGUAAAACUUUUAUUGGGUAGCGAGUGAAUAUUUCGUGUGUCACCGUGAAAACCUGUCGCUAUUGACGUGGAAUAAGGGGAAAUAGCAGGAAUCGCAACGUAGUUGCCGGACAACAUCCGCUAAAAAGCUUUCAUCUAUCAGUAACUGGCACUCGUUGAGCAGUAAAUCGGCCGCUGCAGAUGACAGCUCCAUUUUGGUUUUGAUUGAUUUUGUGGUGUCGAUUUAAUUGCGCAAAUGAGAUGCAGCCAACGCACUUUUUCACUGUCACCUCAAUCGGCAUAAGUCUUUUUGUGAGUCAGAUAUAAUUUUUUCUGAUAUUAUAUUUCAUACUUUUAUUCUACACGGUUUUUUCCAAAUGCACAAGUAAAGUCAAUAAAAAUAUGUAUUUUAAUUUUAAAUCUCAGAUUAUGUGGAAUGUGGGAUAUAGCACCGAGAGCAGAGUGUCCUUGGGUUCGGAAAUCUUUAAAUAUGCCGAGGGAUUUUAUCUACAUACUUUUUUGCAGUUGGAAUAGGUCAAAGACAUGUGGUGGUCAAGUUGACCAAGGGAUCUAAUAAAAAUUGUAUUUUAAACA